AUUACAGGUGUGAGUAUGUACGGUAACAUCACAUACCUGGCUGAAAAUGGAGGAAUAUUACAGGAAUAGAGUCAAACGAAUCGAAAGUAGGCACUCGUUGGAUCGGCACACGGUGGCGGUGGAAGCGGCGAUCGCGUCGAAUUCGGCGAGUCGCCGAGGCCGUUGGAGCCGCCCGCUCGUUAAUUUUCGGCGUGGGCGGGGCUUUGAUUUCAAACAGGUUCUGCUCACUCGGAGCUCCCGCAGGUGUCACCUUUCACUCAUUUGCAUACGUCUCCACCCACCUCGGUGUGCACCCUGACAUCAUAUGAGCACUUUGUCUUUUGUUGGCACGCGGCGGAUAAAUCGAACUUUUCAGAAGUUCCUUUAUUAUUAUUUUAUUUUAUUUUUUUAUUUUGUAUUUUUCGCCUGUCAGUCAAAUCCCCUGGUCCCCCCCCCUUGCAAGAGUAUUAUUAGGUCUAAGGUGAAACGUCCUGCGUGCCAACCUCACCGGCGUCCAAUCGGAGCCCCCCUCCCACACCUUGGAGUCCACGAAUAUAGGAUUUCCCACCUUGAAGAAUGACAAAGAGUCCAUUCUAGCAGCUCCAAACCGCCUGCCUGUGACGCAGUGACAACCGGAAAGAUGGAGUCCUUAUCUCAGCUCUCCUCGCUAAAAGGAGGCGAGUUCAAGCCAGAGGAUUACGUGACUCCACACUACAAGGAAUCGUACCGCCUGGCUAUCGAUGCGUUGCUGGACUUCGGCAGACAAGGGUAUGUGGAGUUCAUCACCAAGGAGAGGCUUUGUGACUUCCUGGCAGAGGAAGAACUGGAGUUCAUAGAAGAGAAUGCCAGGAGACCACCGCCUCUACCCCCAAAUGAUGACAUCGACAUCUACCUGGAUGACACCUCCUCAACCGGGACGUAUUGGCCUGUCGAUUCUGACGUAGAAACCCCAGACCUGGACCUUGGCUGGCCAAUCUUUUCACCAGAUUUGGCAAACAGGACCAACAUAGACUUGUAUUUCCAUCCACCGCGGCAGAACUGCCCAACGAUAAAAGAAGUCAUCAGAAAACUGAUCCAGGAGUCGAAAAAGGUCAUCGCGAUCGUUAUGGACAUCUUCACUGAUGUGGACAUCUUCAAGGAGCUCGUGGACGCAUCGAUCCGAGGAGUUCCCGUCUACAUCCUUCUUGACAAUUUUCAGUUUAAGAGUUUCCUGCUCAUGGCUGAGAAGCAAGGCAUUCACAUUCAGAGAUUGCGGAACAUAAGAGUGAGGACAGUGAAAGGACAAGAAUAUCUCGGCCGAUCAGGAGCCAAAUUUCACGGGGCCAUGGAGCAGAAGUUCUUGUUGGUGGACUGCCAGACUGUGGUCUACGGCUCAUAUAGCUUCAUGUGGUCUUUUGAGAAGAUUAACCUCAGCAUGGUGCAAGUAAUCACCGGGCAGCUGGUGGAAUCCUACGAUGAAGAAUUCAGAACUCUGUUUGCUCGGUCCGCUAUCCCAGAAGCCUUUGCACCGGAGUACAGUGUCGUGGAGCACCGGCCCCAGCGGUGGCAGAACGGGACCGACUCGGUGGCAUCUUAUGUAUCCCAUUCGAGUCAGAUGUUUGAGCGAAGAGAUAAACUGAGACACACACUGGACACGGUGUACAUGAAAGCGUGCGGGAGGUCAUACAACAUACCGCAAAAUGUGGGCGAUCUCGACAACGAUUAUAAAAGGAACUUUGGAUACAGGCCCAUCGUUCCUCCGGGCCCCAUUAUUCAAAACCGAAUCCAGCAAUUUCAGUCGCCCGAUUCAAGUACCUACUGGAAAAGACACAGCUACGCCGGGGAGAAACCAGAAACGUCCUCCUAUCUGAUCAACAACCGGGGGACCAAUCCCAUGUCGAGCAACUGGAAUCUUUUAGGAGAGGUGGACAACUAUGGUGUGCCGAUGCGAAACGAUUUCGCUUCCAAAUACAACGAAGUUCCUGGCGAACAACUUUACCAAAGCAGGUACCUCAAGCCAUACAACACAAACCUAAAGAUGCGGAAGUCGUUUCACGGAACGGACAACACCGUCCGAACCUUGAAGCAGAAAAUGCCAACGCUGGAGCACACGACCAAGUCAUUCUUGCGCUCCUGGAGGAUAGAGUCAUAUCUUAACAAUUCCGAUUUUCCUUAUGAGGACUCCAGCGAGUAUAUGGAUUAUCCGAUGGUCCAGCACGAGAACGUGGAUGGGGCUGAAAACAAGAUGAAUCCUUUCUACCCGGCGUCCCGCCUGAGGUCGUCACUUGUGUACAAGUCGGCGAUUCCAGAGCAACCCGAAUCAAAGAGUUUCACCACCGACUCGUCGUCUUCGACUAUCAUUCGCACUCAGGAUGUUCCGACCAACACCUCGGCGAAUGUUUAUUACUCUGCCAUUCACCGAAACCCGGCCACGGGACCCGAAAGUCGAUUGAGACAAGACGAGAGUUUUAUGGCCAAAAGACGAAGCUGGCAGUUGCACGAAGAUCAGACGGCCAACGUGAAUUACCCGACCAAUAAGGAAGCGUUUACCCCCCUGUAUACGUCUUUUAGCAAAACUUCGGUUAAGAAGGUCGAGAACUUACAUCCAGAUGACAGCUAUGCUUAUAAACGCCACAGUAUAAAUGAGCUUAACGCAGAUAACAGUGUUAAUAAAGACGCUCCGACGUACGUGUACAGCACACUCGGAAGACGGGAGAAGUACGGAAUGAAUCCGGUCGAAAAUUAUCCUGCCAACGCACCUGGCAUUCAUGCUCUGGAUGGCCAACGGUCAACGUCGGAAUUCAAUAUCAAGAAGGAAACCGAGAACACGACAUUAAUGACUUCCAACUGGCAAAACCCUCCUCUAAGAACCGUAUCGGUCUCCUCGCUUGCUGAAAGCCGAGGGCACGGAAACACCAAGCAGUGGACUUCGGUAAAAGAGAGCAAAGUCGUCGAGGGCUCCCCGAAGUUCCUUAAAAAGAGCACCCAAAAAAUCAAGUCCCUGCUCAACAUAUCCGACCGGAAGGACAAUUCCUCCAGAAGCAAAAGCAGCUCCAAAAUAAGCAACAGCACGGAUACCCUGGGGUCCGACGACGAGGAGGUGAAGACAGCGGCGUCUCAGGGAACGCUGUCCAGCAGAACCGGUUCAAUCCGGUCGAUAGACAGCUCGAAACACGGGAGAAGCAAUCCCAAGAUGCAGCUGAAAGAAAACCACUUCGCCGAGAACGUGGGGAACUCGUCCGCGCCGCGCUUCAGCACCGAAGAGCUCAGCUAUCAGGGCAACCAGAAGAAGGACUCCGCCAUGUCGGGGGCGUCCUCCUCCACGGUGAUCUCUGCAAAUUCAAGCAGCGCCCAGCUUGGGGGCGCAAGGGUGGCUCCAGAUGGCCUUUCCAGGAAUCGGCUGAGCGACAAACGGGUCUACAGCCGCUUUGAGCCCUUCUGCAAAUUCGAGAAGGAAGCUAACAAGGCCGUGGUCUCGGAAACGCAGAGCAACACGAGCUCCUUCGAGAAGACGAGGAGGUUCUUCAACCAGCCGAUGGCCGCCAGCUCGUCCUUCGUGCAGCAUAACUCGCCAGUCUACCCGCUCUAUUCCGGCAAUGAUAACAAAUUUGGGAGGCUCAUGCAGAAAUUUGUGGGGAAUUUGAUCCAUAAAAAUAAAUGAGGGCGUCCUUCUGGAAAGACCUCGGCACUGUUUCUCAGUUGCGUUUCGUUAACUCUAUGCACACAGAAAAGUAUUGGUUAGUAGGGAAUCGCCAGGUGCUGGAACAAAUAUGAACUGUCACUUUUACCUUAAAUGUAUUUAAUUGGAGUGUUUCUGAAUUGGCCGCCCGCCUC